AUGACCACCCCCCUUGACAGCCACUCCAAGCAAUACUCACACCUCGGCGGCACCACACCCGAAGUCAUCGACCGCCUCAUCAUAAGCGAGCUAUGCAAAGGCUGGCCCAUGUACAGAGAUAACUCGGAAUGGGCCAACUUCCGAUCCAUGUUUACUGACGACGCGCACAUAUGGACAACCUGGUCAACAAAUUGCCAAAUUGACGAAUUCAUCAAAAUAUCCAAACAGGGUAAAGCCAACGGCGCGUUCAUCAUGCACCGCGAAAACAGCACCCUCGUCGAACUCAACCAGCAGUCGCAACGUGCAGUGGGCAAAAUGAAGGCCACUAUCACGCAGCGCUUUCAGGCCACACAAGACGGGACUUCAUCGCCGCUGAUAUAUGACGUCGACUGUGAUUGCCGAUAUAUAUUCUUCUGUAAGAAGGAUGCGGCUCAUGAGGGGGAUUGGAAGGUGCAGUUCGUCAAGAUCAUCUACGAAAAGGACAAGGUGUGCUCUGUCGAUGGGACAUCAGUGCCGCAUUUCUCGUCGGAAGAGCUGAGCAAGUAUCCUGACGGGUAUCGUUAUCUUGGUGCAGCACAGGCUCGGUUGGGUCAUCGUAUUCAUACGCAGCUUGCGACGCUGCGAGAACCGUAUUGGAGUAAGAUGUAUGAGUGUAUGGAGAACUGGCUGGAUGGACAUGACGAUCCUGGUUUGUUUUGGGAGCACCAACAAGAGUAG